GGGAAUCGUCCGCGAGAUCCUGGGCGAUGGAGAAGCGGGGACGGGGUGGGAAGCAGCCCUCGACCGCGGCGCCUCCGCAGCAGCCGAUGACGCCUGGGAAAGAGAGGAGGCCUAGCAUGUUCGAGAAGGAGGCAUAUGCACAGAUUUUAAGAGAGAGACUGAGAGAAUCAAUUCAUGAUGUUCAGUACGUAGAGCCACCAUUUGAUGACCCAGUUGCUGAUACAGGUAAAGAAUGGAAGAGCGCCCUGGCAAAACUCAAGUUUGCUAAUUCAUAUCGAGUGGAGCCACUGAAAAAAUUCCAGGCUCAUUCAGUAGAAACGAAAGUCCAGCAGAUAUUAAAGGAAAAUCUUAAAGAUGUCAAAUAUGAUGACAAAGUCUUCUCUCAUUUGUCGCUUGAAUUAGCAGAUCGCAUAUUGCUAGCAGUCAAAGAAUUUGGGUUCCACCGUUAUAAGUUCAUUAUAAAAGUAUUAUUUAUUCAAAAGACGGGUCAGGCAGUCAACAUUGCCAGCAGAUGGAUCUGGGAUGUCGCGUGGGACACCUGGGUUGCUGCGAAACAUGAAACUGAAACUUACGUGGCAUUGGCCUUAGUAUUUGCUCUUUACUGUGAAUAGCUUGUUACAUGUACUAAAGAGUGUUUACUUCUCAACUUUUCAAAAAUACAUGAAAUUUAUAUUUGUGAACCUCAUAGUAGUUUUGAUUAGCUAUAUUUUUAUAUCUCCAAUUGAAGCUUAAUUGUAUUCUUUUAACAACAAAGUUAAAGCUGGAUUUUUACCUUUAUACUUACUAGUUAUCAUAUUUAUUAACAUUGUAUUACCCCAAAGUAUAAAAGUAUAAGAGGUAUAUGUAUAUGCCUUUUUCAUAUAUAUAUACGAAUACAUGAAUGCUUAUGAUGGAUUAUAAUAUGGGGGAAUUAUUUAUCAUCCUAGUUAGAUUUAAGAAAAUUAGAAUUUGCUACAGGAUAUUAUGAUGCAAACUUGUAAAAUGUCAAAUUAAGUAAAUGUUAAGAUAGAUUUUUGGAAAACUUCCAAAGGCAGAUAUUUUGAAUGGUAUCUUGAUAUACUACAUGCAUUCUUUUUUUUUUUUUAAAUGAAUUAGUGAUUUUUUUGUUUUUUUGUUUUUAAUUUUAUUUAUUUAUUUACGGCUGUGUUGGGUCUUCGUUUCUGUGUGAGGGCUUCCUCUAGUUGUGGCAAAUGGGGGCCACUCUUCAUCGCGGUGCACGGGCCUCUCAUUAUCGCGGCCUCUCCUGUUGCGGAGCACAGGCUCCAGACGCGCAGGCUCAGUAAUUGUGGCUCACUGGCCUAGCCGCUCCGCGGCAUGUGGGAUCUUCUCAGACCAGGGCUCGAGCCCGUGUCCCCUGCAUUGGCAGGAAGAUUCUCAACCACUGCGCCACCAGGGAAGCCCUACAUGCAUUCUUUUGAAAGAAGUUACCAAGUUUGAAAGAAAGAUGUUGAUAUAUUUAAUACUUCCCUAACUAACACCUCUCCCUCCAAUCAAAACACUUCCAAGUGUGCAGUCUUUCUAUUUGUUAGUCCAUUAGUUAAGCUCUUUUUAGCUGCAAGAACCGAAAAACCUAACAUAAUUAUUUUUUAAAAGGAGGAAAAUUGUAUUUCUCAGGCAUUUGAUCAAGGAUCCCGGUUCUUUCUGUCUUCCUGCUCUCCCCUCAGAUUCUAUGUACACGAGUUUAACUUGGUAGAAUUUAACCACAUUCUCAUGGCUUUAUCAUCAUGAUUCACUCCCUGAGCUGGGCUGGAGCUCACCUUCCCUGAAGCACACGGCCGUGUGGAGAGUGGACACCACUGUCAAUCGGGGCUUCUCCUGCAAGGAGGCAGGGGGUGGGGCUUGGUGGAGCCAAGCAGUAAUGUCUGUGAUAAUUCAUGCUAUUUUCAAGUUAUAGUCAGAACUUGAAAACACAUGCCAAACUUAACGGACAGUAAAAAUACUGAUUUGUUGAAUAAUCUAUAAACAGGAAAACAGAAAGACAGAGGAGAGCUUUCUUUUCACUUGUGUGUUUUAAUGCGUUGGAUAAUCCAGGACUGGCAGUUCCAUACUACACAGCAUAGACAUGAUAGUUGUAGCCCAAAGAAUCUUUAAAACAGGAUUUAUUGUUUGCUAACUUUGGUCACAGAAAAAUCAGUAAUAACAAACCUAAGAAGGGCUUCUUUUUUUUUUUUUUUUUUUUAAGAAGGGCUUCUGUUAAGCAAUGUUCCUUCCUGAUGACCUCAUCAGGAUAAACACACUUCCUGGUAUUGAGCAGACGCUUAUAAACGUGACUUUGUAAAGUGAGAAUUAUGCCUUCCUCCUAGGGUUGGUUUGUGAAUUAAGUGAGGUAAUAUAUAUAGUCAGGCACUUAUGCCCAGCACUUAGCAUAACCCUGGAGCAUACCAAAUCCUGAAAUGUUACCUGUUAUCAUUCAGUUUGACAGCUCAGAAUUACCUUCAGUUCUGCUUUCUCUUGCCCUUGUCCCAACCCCCAUUCGUACUUAUUUGUUAAAUUCUAUGGAUUCUGUUUUUUUGAAGUGACUCAAAAUCAUCCCCUCGGGACUUCCCAGGCGGUCCAGUGGUUAAGACUCCCCCUUCCAAUGCAGGGGGUGAGGAUUCUAUCGCUGGUGGGGGAGCUAAGAUCCCACAUGCCCCGUGGCUAAAAAACCAAAACAUAAAACAGAAGCAAUAUUGUAACAAAUUCAAUAAAGACUUUAAAAAAUGGUCCACCUCAAAAAAAAAAAAAAAACCCGCUGUGAUAUCUCUUGCCUGGGUCCUCACUCUCUCACAACUAUUUUGAUAGUCCUUCUUUUAUUUAUUCAUGUGUUAAUUGUUUUGUUCAACAUAUGUCACCACAGAAAUCUGAACACCCCCUAAUCUGAUUCCCUGCUUCUCAAAGCUUUAUAGCAGGUUAUUGACCGUCGUUUACAUGGUUCACAGAACUCCUCUGUCAUCCCACCCUCUCCUCCAGAUGCAUUUUGAGUUUCUUUCCUUAACAAGGACCUGACUUUUCCCUGAGGAAGAGUCCCACUGCAGCCCUCUCAAGUAAAAGCUGGUUUUUCUCUCAUCCCUCAUCGCUAAUGCCUCAGAGCCAGGAGGUAGGUAGGCAACCCCACUGACUGUAAAAAGCUCUGGCUCCUGGAAAUUUAUGCAAUCCGGAUGUACAGUUCUUCACUUCUGUGUGUCAUUGUUGCCUACUAGUCCCCUGGCCUGUUCCUUCUCAUUUCUUGAAAACCUGAGCUACUGGAUUGCAAGCUUCAUCUCCACUCAACUCCUGCUGUCAUUCUUUGUGACUUCAAUAUCCACGUAGAUAAUCAUCCAAUAAGGCAGCUCUCGCUUUGCACAAGUUGUAGUUACUACAGCUUAGUUGAAUCACACCAGUCCCCCAACAACAUGGUUCACAUUUCAGGGACCACAGUAUAUUAACCGUGAGUAACUUCAUAAGGUACAAACUCCCCAGCCAGCUCUUCAGUCCUCAAGUCACUACGUAAAUAGCAGGUGGGCGUCAUGAGCCUUCGUCAAAGUCCAUCAGUCACUGGUCACUGCACUUCUGGUAUUCAGCUCUUCAGGUCACAAGACAGCAAAGCAUGUAGUUGUGUUGCCUCCUUGUCUCCCAGUGACAAAAGCACAUGAUGUUUUACAAAAAUGGACCACCAAAAGAGGAAAUUGGGCAAAAAAAGGUGAAAGUGCAUCAAAGAAGUAAGAAGUGAUGAUGCUAGAAAUGAAAUUGGUUAGGAAAUUUGAACAUGACAACAGCAAAACCAAGACAGGAUGAGACCUAAGCCCGCAUGGAAGUACUGCAGGAAUCAUGGGGAGAAAGUCCAAUAAGUAAGAAAAGUAAGGUGAAAUUGCGUCAACAUCUUUUAGCUUAAAUUGUCCAGGAACAGAAAGCCAAUUGGUGGUUGUGAAAGACUUUCUUCUACUUUGGAUAGAAAACUGUACGGUAUCUGCUGUUCCACAUCCGUGGAUUUAACCAACGGCAGAUGGUGUAGUAGUGUAGAUGUAUUUAGUGAAAACAAUCUGUGUAAGUGGACCUGCACAGUUCAAGUAUCAACUGUAAUAAUAAUUUUAAAAACAUCUCAAUCAGUUUGGCUAGCAUUCAGGCCAAAGCGUUGAAGUUUACUCUGUUGAAAGAAAACUGUAAUUACAAAGAGACAGAAAAACGACCUUUUUCUGCCAGUAAAGGCUGGUUCCAUCAUUUUAGGCGUCGACAUGAACUGACUCAUGUCGACCUAUCUGGUGAAUCUGCUGUGAAAUAUGCACCCAGAUUUCACAGGUUAGUUACAGACAGUGGUUGUGAGAAAAGGAUGGAGAUGUCCAGAGGAAAGGAGGCUAAUAAGACUUCACAUGAAAGAGACUCUUGGAGAUUACUUACAACAUUGAAAAUGCAAAAGAUAAAAUGCUGGAAGCCAUCCAAACUUCGAAAGAAGUAUGACAAUUUAUCAAGGCAUAGGAAAGAAGUUACAGGAUGAGAAAAAGGCAAGCACAAUUUAAAUUACUCUUGGUAAAUUUUUUAAAAGAAAAUACUAAUUCUCAAUGUUUGUCAUGUUUCAAAUUACAGUGUACUAAAUAUAAGUUUUACAUUGAAAAAAAUUCUGUGUAUGUGUAUAAUUGUCAGUAAGGGAGUUUUCAGUUUUUUAAUGAAAGUCUUUUAAAGCCGUAGAAGAACUCUACUUUUUCUCUUUGAUUAAUAAGAUUACUUUGUACAACGCCAGCUUCCAUGGUCGUUUUUAUGGCCCUGUGCUAUCAUGCAACUAGGACUGUCUGUGCUCUAGGUUCCCAGUUCCUUGACCAACUC